UUUAACGAUGUCGAAGUGGUUAGAUAUGAGUUUAACAUGUACCCAAAUUAGUUUCAAGGCACAACAACCUGUUUCAUGUAUGGUAACAUUCAUCAAUCCAAGAUAGUCCAAUGAAUUGUGUCUUUGAACAUGAUGGACACAAAUUGUAUUUAGGAAAUAUCAAUGCAGCAAAUGACUCUACAUAUCUCAGAAAACAUGAAGUUGGAGCUGUACUGUCUGUGAUUGACACUAGUGAUAUCAAAUUAGAAAAGUCAGUUAUUCACCUUGUAAUUUAAUUCCUUAUCAUAAUAGUGGAUUGCAGCUGAGGAUUGUGAGACAGUUCAAUUAAUAAGAUAUUUUGAACAAGCCUCUAAUUUUAUAUAGGACAACCUAAGACACACUAAUGUAUUAGUUCAUUGUUAUGCUGGAAUCUCAAGAUCGAGUUCAUUGAUAAUUGCUUACUUACUCAAAUGUCAAGGCUACACAUUAAAAGAAGCCCUAAGUAAGUUGAAAUGUUAGAGACCAUAAGUCGAUCCAAAUAAUGGGUUUUUGGAGCAAUUAAAACAGUAUGAGGAGAAAUUGAAAUCAAGCAAAACUCAAUAGAGUUCUAGUCUUAAUAAGAGUGCAGGCAAAUUUAUAAGCCUGAGUACAAGCGUUGAAAAAUAGAAUUCGAUCCCAAAGGGUAGAUAGAAUGUUUCAAACUUCAAUAUUUAUAGUAAUCUUAAUUCUUAAGUUACUAAAACAAAUAUCAGGAAUCUUUAAUUGAAGACAAUUACUGUUCCAAAAACCAAAUCAAGCUUUUUAGAGAAGAGUUGCAGUCCAUCUAAUAUCAGCACAUAAAAUAGCUGCUAAGGGAAGAGUUUUUUUUCGAAUUGUAAACAUGAAGAUCCUUGGAAACAGUACUAGAAAAUAAAAAAUUAGGAAACUGUUUGGAAUAAAUAAAUACUAGGAAUGAAAAAUAUUUAUAGUAAUCACAGUAGAUAGCAUUCUUUAAAUAUGUGA